CAGGAGAUCCCAACAUAGCUCUCUGUGUUCCUCAAUCAUGGCCUUGAUAGACAGGAGAUCCUAGAGGACGCUUCCAUCGAUCGGUGCUCUUCCUCUCCUCCCUUCCUCCCUUAAUUCUAUGUACGGGAUGUCACUGUUAUGGAACGGGUGGCCAACAGCUUCAAGCGUGCUCCUUCCGUCAGCACUUCCCUCCAUCUAGCUCGAUUUGAUUCUGUGUAUGUAAGUAUGUAGCAUGUAGGGUGGUAGCUCCGGUAGCGACUCCCCGCCAAGUUCUAGUACAAGAAAUUUGAAGAUGGAGAUUCUGACGUAGUUAGCCCUCGUUCAGAAGGACCUUUAUGGGACGUUCUGGGCAUAAAUUCGAAAUGACAAGCCCGAGAAUGAGCCACAUUUGAUGACACCUAAUUGACGAACUCCAUCCACUUGUGACACCAGAAGCUUCUGUCCGUCGCCAAUUGGUUCACUCUUUGUCAUGGUGGUUCAUCCUUGACAGUAGAGCAGCCUCAGGCAAAGCUUCACUACGACUCACUCAUAUUGAUCCAGGCAAUCUUGGCGGAGGCUGAGGACUCGUUCCUCGCUGGCGAUCCCACACCCGAAACCAAAAUGAUCCCUCGGCCGAGUAGUGUUCAUGUGGAGAAUGAUCCUUCGGUCUAUUCUCAACCAGUGUACCAUAAACAGUCAUCCAACGCUUGUGGACAGUGCAUUGACAAGUUCAAGAAUGGCAUUAUUGGGGGCAUGGAAAGAUUCUUCUUCCAGUAUGGCAAGGCGGUGGCCAAUCGACCGAGUUGUUUCAUCAUUCUGUGCAUCGUCAUUGCGGCUGCCAGUGGGAGUGGUCUUAUGAAGUUCAGGCAGGAAAAUGUGGGACACAAGCUCUGGAUCUCGGAUGAGUCAAAUUCUAGGAAAGAUACAGACUGGUUGUGGGAUAAUUAUCCCCCAUCAGUGCGAAUGGCCUCCAUGAUUUUUGAGGCCGAUGAUAUUCUAGUCCCCGAGGUUUUUCAAACCAUGUAUCGAAUACAUAAGGAAAUCGAGGCUAUUGAGACCAAACUAGGAGAGAGUUGGAAAGAUCAUUGUCAGUUGUUGCCCGUGUUUAAGGCACCAGAUCUAAGUCAGAUUUUGUCGUUCGGAAAACGAAGGAGAAAACGCCAAGCUGCCAAUGAAACUCAAGACGAUGAGGACUUCAGUUUUGAUUUUGACUUUGAAGAUAACGAUUUCUUCGCUGAAGACGAUGGCUUUGGGGAAGAAAGCUUGGACGACAUUGGCGAUACUCCUCCAAACAAUGAUGAUAUGCUGAGCAUUGCCGAGGCGUUUAGUGCCAGUUCAUAUCCAAAACCUUAUUGUGAUAUCGUGGCUGGUAUGGAGACGGCUUGUUUUGAAAUGAGCUUACUCGAGUUGUGGGCUAAAGACGGAGUCUAUUCUUCUGAAACCGAUGAUGCUAUCGCAAAUCUCACCAAAGAAAAGAUUAUUGAAAAGAUCAAUUCUGUGAACACGAGUGGAGUCUUCCUGAACAAGAGGAACUUCACCACAUUGCUCUCGGGAGUUGAAUAUGAAGAAAAUUCCCAAAACAUUGUUCGAGCCAAAGCCACGGUGAUCUGGUGGUUCGGUCGGAUGAAUGGUACUGAAGCUCUCCUAUUGCCAGUCAAGGAGCGACAAGAGCCCAUUACUUUAGGCACUCUGGAGUUUGAGGGUCAAAUGCUUGACGUGAUGCUCAAUCAGAGUGGAUAUCCGGAUGGGCUGAAAUCCUUUCCGAAUACAAGAAGAAGCUUUGGUGAUGUGGCGGGGAGCACAAUUCUCGGCGAUGUGGGCAAACUUGGCAUUGGAUACACGAUUGUCUUCAUUUUCGUUAUGAUAAUGCUCGGACAAUUCAACUGUGUGGAACAGAGGGCAUUUCUCUCUUUGACAGGGAUCUUGGGUGUAGCCAUGGGGAUCGUAACAUCCUACGGUAUCUGCUCAGCCAUGGGCUUGUUCUUUGGGCCUAUGCACGGGGUCUUGCCGUUCCUGUUAUUGGGCAUUGGCAUCGAUGACAUGUUUGUGAUCAUGCAAUGUUUUAUCACACUUAGUGACGACGAAAAAAAGCUCCCGCUCACGGAUCGGUUUGGUGCAGCAAUGCAGCAUGCUGGUGUGGCCAUCACAAUCACUUCGGUCACUGAUGUGAUCGCUUUUGGGAUCGGAGGAUCCACUGUCAUCCCAGCCUUACAAUCGUUCUGUCUCUAUGCCUCCGUGGGUAUUGUGGCCACCUACUUCUAUCAAUGCACCUUCUUCGUGGCUUGGAUGUCCAUCGAUCAAAGACGGAUCGAAGAUAAACGUGAUGGUUGCUUCCCUUGUUGGAAGCACUCGAAUUGGACUCCCAAUGCUUGGAGUCAGAAGAGCUGCUUGAGCUCUGCCUUCAAAGGUAUUGGUCAUUUGCUCACAAAAUGGCCCAUCAAAAUAUUUGUAAUCAUAUUCACAUUGGCUAUUGCUGGUUGUGGAAUCUGGGGAAAUGUGCUUUUGGAGCAGAAAUUUGACAUCACGUGGUUCUUGCCCCCAGACACAUAUAUUGCCCAGUGGUUUGCUAAAAACAAAGAAUACUUCCCGUUCGGGGGCGACCGAGUCACAAUCUUUUGCCAUGACUUGGACUACCAGCAUGACUUCGAAUCCCUAGCCCAAUUGUCAAAUAGCAUCAAGAAUCAAACGGAUAUCGUUGACGAUGUGGACUCGUGGACGGAUCAUUUCACCAAGUACAUGAAUAGUCAUUUUCUUCCCAUGUCCCAGCGACCCAAGUUACCAGUAUUACGCCUCAACCAAAGUUACUUCGAUGAUAAGCUUGCACAAUUCUUCUUCAGUCCCCGUGGUGGCAAAUAUCGUGAGCAAUUCGAGUUCGCCAAGCCUUUGCAAUGCGGGGAACCCGCUUCCAAGUUAGUCCUGAGCACCAUCACGUUUACCCACAAGAUAUUCAGUGGUCCCGAAGAGCACAUCCCGGCCAUGAACCGCAUCAAAGUUCUGAUUGCUAAUGCGAAUAUUUCGGGCAGAAUCUUUCCUUUGUCACAGGGCUACACGCUAUGGGAAACGGACGAGAUAAUCGCAGUGGAGCUCUAUCGCAAUCUUGCUUUGGCUGUGCUUUGCGUGUUCUUAACCACGUUGUUCCUCAUUAGCAAUAUUGUCACUUCUUCCUUGGUUCUUGUUUGUGUCAUACUCAGUCUUAUUGACGUAGGCGGGUUCAUGCACUUUUGGGGCCUUACCAUUGACACGGUCUCUUCCAAUAAUCUAAUAAUUGCCAUUGGCCUCUGUGUAGACUACAGUGCUCAUAUCGCCCACCGAUUUAUGGUCGAACGCGGGACCCGGAAUGAAAGAGCACGCAAAACGCUUCAAAAUAUUGGUCCUGCUGUGCUUAAUGGAGGUUUCAGCACAUUUCUGGCCUUCAUUCUUCUGGCUGACUCCAAAUCCCACGUGUUUAGUUCCUUUUUCAAGAUUUUCUUCCUCGUGGUGACCUUUGGAUUGUUUCAUGGUUUGGUGUUCUUACCCGUAAUUUUGAGCAUCUUCGGGCCUGGUCCCAAUGCCAUUGAAAUUGAGCUCCACGAGAACGAGUUAAAUGUUAUUGAGAAUAAUGAGCGUAUGAUUGGCACAGAGCUCAGAGAUACAGCAGUGACUGUCAAUGGAACCGAAAAUGGCUCCACCCUACAGAACCGAUCCAAAACAUACGAAAUUUAAACUAACGUGUCAUUCAGUCAACGUAACGGGUGUCAAGAAUGAGUCUUAAAUUAUGCAAGAAUCUAACAUGAGAUCUGAAAGCUAUAUUGGAAUUCACUAAUCUCCUCAUCUUUUUGCUUCUUUAUGAAUAAACCUUUACAAAUGUG